AGUCCUCGUGUCAGUGCACAGUCUGUGUGUGGUACAGCAAGCGGUGGAGGAACUGGGUGAAUCGAAUGAAAGCAAUUGGUACCUUUUACAACAUCAAACCUUUGUGCGUUUAACCUCCUAACUGAAAGUAUUGUUUCUGGACUUACUGGGAAAUUAAUCGACUAUUGCUCGACAGAAGAAACGCUUUCUUGGAAGUUUUAAGCGGCUAACAACUCGUCGUAAUCGACGGGUUCCCGACGUCCGAUCGGGGAGGUUUUCUCUAGGCAGGUUGCGUGCGGCGCCUCUAGAUCAUAAGAGUUUCUAAGGACUCGUCUGGGAGAUGGAUUCCAUGUAAACAGCGAAUGGUUUUUCGACUAUAUCUUCUUUCGUGGAGGAAGGUUACGAGCCGAGGGUAUGAGCAUUUGAGAAAAUACUGUCGUCGUAGUGAAGAGAGUGGAGUCAACCGAGACAAAGCAUAAGAAGCAACCAACCAACAAAAACCGAGAGAUCCAGGGUUUGGGUCGACGUGCACUCUCCAUCGCCGUGGACUAGGCUUUGUCUGACUGCUUGGGUUGUACAGGGAGGGGUGGCGGACAACCGCUACUACACUCGGAUUACUCAACCCCCCCCCCCGUCCUCCCCCCCCCCCCAUUUCCCACUGAAAAAGGAUACACACAACAUGUAUCCACAGGGCCGGCAUCCGGCACCUCAUCAACCGGGGCAGCCUGGAUUCAAGUUUACCGUGGCAGAGUCAUGCGACAGGAUCAAAGACGAGUUUCAGUUCCUUCAAGCUCAAUACCACAGUUUAAAAGUGGAGUAUGACAAACUGGCCAAUGAGAAGACGGAGAUGCAGCGUCACUAUGUCAUGUACUACGAGAUGUCCUAUGGGCUUAACAUUGAGAUGCACAAACAGACUGAGAUUGCAAAGCGGCUUAAUGCGAUACUCGCCCAGAUCAUGCCUUUCUUGUCACAAGAGCACCAACAGCAGGUGGCCCAAGCUGUUGAGCGUGCCAAGCAGGUGACUAUGACCGAGCUGAAUGCCAUCAUCGGGGUACGUGGACUUCCAAAUCUGCCCCUCACCCAGCAACAUGCUGUCUACCCAGCCUUGAUGCAGCAGCAGCUCCAGGCCCAGCACCUCUCUCACGCUGCCCACGGCCCUCCCAUCCAGCUGCCACCCCACCCUUCGGGUCUCCAGCCCCCGGGCAUUCCCCCAGUACCAGGAGCAGGCGCAGGCCUGCUGGCACUCGGUGCCCUGGGCAGCCAGGCCCACCUCCCUGUGAAGGACGAGAAGAACCACCACGACCUGGAGCACAGAGAGCGGGAGUCAAGCACGAAUAACUCGGUGUCGCCGUCAGACAGCCUGCGGGCGGCCAGCGAGAAGCACCGGGGCUCCUCAGACUACAGCAUGGACUCCAAGAAACGCAAGGUGGAGGAGAAGGACAGCAUGAGCCGAUACGACAGUGACGGGGACAAGAGUGAUGACCUGGUCGUGGAUGUAUCCAAUGAGGACCCUGCCACACCUAGAGCCAGCCCUGUCCACUCCCCCCCAGAGAACGGCCUUGACAAAUCGCGGACCCUGAAAAAGGACACGCCCAACAGCCCCGCCUCUGUGGCCUCCUCUGGGAGCACACCCUCCUCCAAAGCCAAGGAUCAUGCCCACAAUGAUAAGUCGUCGACACCGGGCCUGAAGUCCAACACGCCCACGCCCAGGAACGAUGUCCCCACGCCAGGCACCAGCACCACUCCAGGACUCCGGCCCAUCAUGGGGAAACCCCCAGGCAUGGAGGCACUGACUGCUCCCGCCCUGCGCACCCCUUUGACCAUCGCCGGCUCCUACGCCACGCCCUUUGCAAUGAUGGGCCACCAUGAGAUGAACGGCUCCCUCACCAGCCCGGGUGUCUACGCUGGCCUCCAUAUCUCCCCCCAGAUGAGCGCAGCAGCCGCAGCCGCUUACGGGCGCGGGCCCAUGGCGGGCUUUGAUCCUCACCCUCACAUGAGAGCCCCGGGCCUGCCAGCCAGCCUCACAUCCAUCUCUGGAGGAAAACCGGCUUAUUCUUUUCACGUGAGCGCGGAUGGUCAGAUGCAGCCGGUGCCCUUUCCACCAGACGCGCUGAUUGGACCGGGGAUCCCCCGGCACGCCCGCCAAAUCAACACGCUGAGCCAUGGCGAGGUGGUGUGUGCCGUCACCAUCAGUAACCCCACACGCCAUGUCUACACUGGCGGCAAGGGCUGCGUCAAGAUCUGGGACAUCAGUCAGCCGGGCAGCAAGAGCCCUGUGUCUCAGCUGGACUGUCUGAAUCGUGACAAUUAUAUCCGCUCCUGCAAGCUACUGCCGGAUGGUCGCACCCUCAUCGUGGGCGGUGAGGCCAGCACGCUGACCAUCUGGGACCUGGCCUCCCAGACACCACGCAUCAAGGCAGAGCUCACCUCCUCUGCCCCGGCCUGCUACGCCCUGGCCAUCAGCCCCGACGCCAAGGUCUGCUUCUCCUGCUGCUCCGAUGGCAACAUCGCCGUCUGGGACCUGCAUAACCAGACGCUGGUUAGGCAGUUCCAGGGCCACACAGAUGGCGCCAGCUGCAUUGAUAUCUCCCACGACGGCACCAAGCUGUGGACUGGGGGGCUGGACAACACUGUGCGCUCCUGGGACCUCCGGGAGGGCCGGCAGCUACAGCAGCACGACUUCACCUCCCAGAUCUUUUCGCUAGGUUACUGUCCCACUGGUGAGUGGCUGGCAGUGGGCAUGGAGAGCAGCAAUGUGGAGGUGCUCCACCACACCAAGCCUGACAAGUACCAGCUGCACCUGCACGAGAGCUGCGUCCUCUCGCUCAAGUUCGCCUACUGUGGUAAAUGGUUUGUGAGCACGGGCAAGGACAACCUCCUCAAUGCCUGGAGGACUCCCUACGGCGCCAGCAUAUUCCAGUCGAAAGAGUCAUCUUCUGUCCUGAGCUGCGACAUCUCAGCAGAUGACAAGUAUAUAGUGACGGGCUCCGGAGACAAGAAGGCCACCGUCUACGAGGUCAUCUACUAACUACACAGCCUGCAGGAAUAGUUCAGCUUGAGCACUUCUAAUGACCAGACAAGGGAGCUGCGAGCCCUCCUGUGUCUCCUCCUGACUAGGCCUUCAUUCGGUGUGUGUGUGUCCCCCCUGUAUAGACAACCCAGGAUUGGACUACUACUUCUACUUCUAUAAACAAUGGUUGGAUGCGGAGUCAUUCUACCCUGCCCUGGAUUAGUCAACCCUGGCUAUUGCGAUUUUGUCACUUCGAUUCAGACUGAAUCUUCCCUCGCUGUUCUUUUGUGUCCUUCCUAAAUUCGGGUCUGUUGCUGGGCUAGGUUAAGCGUAUUUUUUUUAAUUUUUACACUGCAAUGAAAAUGUUUCCGUAACGUGACAAGAUGGAGCGGUGCUUCAUCUGAAACUGUUGCUCCCUGGAUGACUUGUGAAAAGUGUACAUAUUGGAGUAAAUAAAAACAUUUUAUAAAUAUAUAUUAUAAAUAUAUAUAUUUUUUGUGUCCUGGUGUACUUGUGAUGGAUUUUCUUUCGCCUUUCCUUCAUGCCUGACAUUAACAGGAGAAAAGACUAGGGUAGUCCGUUGUAUAUUUUUACGAUUUUGAUCCAAAUGUUGUUUUUUUUGCUGUUCACGUUCUGCAGAUUUGACCUUUUAUGGUAAUUGAGAAAUCUUUCGGAAUAAAGAGAAAGAACAGAUGAAAACGUAACAUUUUAUGGAUAUUGUAACAGGGAAAAAGUCAGCUUGGGGACUCUUUUUCGGAGGACGAAGUGUGUACCUCCUGCCAAACAGUUUACUCCUGGAGAAGUCUAUCCGAGGAUGCCAUGAUGGACUGCAAGAAGGGGAGUUGUAAAUGAGGAAGAAAAAAAAAAAAUGUUUACUACUUGUCUGUGCCCUUUUUUGCCGUCUCGUAAAUUUU